UUAGGGAGGUGCCUUACUUCAACACCAGACAGGUUAUACUUAUUCAACUGAAGUGUUAAUUUUAACAGUUUCAGGUAGCCGCAAGAUUCUAAGCACGGUUUGUCUUUGGCAGCACUGCAUGUGAUGUAGUUUAGCUGGGUGCAGAGGAGGCUAUAACUAGUAUCCCUUAUGUGUUGAGCAGUAAAAAGACGCCCCAAGACCAAGACGAUCUAGAAUAUAAGCUAUCAAUCUUAAACUCGAAGAAGAAAACAGUGAUCGUGUUAUCGUCUAAAUAGAAAAGCAUGGAUCCGUUAUUAUACCUCGGUGGCUUAAUCGUUUUAUUUAUGUUAUGGAUCAAAGUAAAGGGUUUAGAUUACGUUAUAAUUCACCAGCGGUGGAUCUUCGUCUGUCUCUUUCUGCUACCCUUAUCCGUAAUAUUCGAUGUGUAUUACUAUGUAAGAGCCUGGAUCAUCUUCAAGAUGUGCUCCGCGCCUAAACAGCAUGAUCAGCGUGUCAGAGACAUACAAAGACAGGUGCGGGAGUGGAGGAAGGAGGGAGGGAAGACCCACAUGUGCACAGGGCGCCCUGGCUGGCUGACGGUGUCUCUGAGAGUGGGGAAGUACAAGAAGACCCACAAGAACAUCAUGAUCAACAUGAUGGACAUCCUGGAGGUGGACACCGCCAGGCAGGUAGUACGUGUUGAACCUCUGGUCAAUAUGGGUCAGGUCACUGCACUUCUGAAUUCCAUUGGCUGGACGUUGCCAGUGUUGCCAGAGCUGGAUGACCUCACAGUAGGAGGCCUGGUCAUGGGCACAGGGAUCGAGUCUUCCUCGCAUAUCUACGGCCUCUUCCAGCACAUCUGCGUGGCGUACGAGCUGGUUCUGGCCGACGGCAGCCUUGUGCGAUGCACUGAGAAAGAGAACACAGAUUUGUUCUAUGCAGUACCAUGGUCCUGUGGAACCCUGGGGUUCUUGGUCGCUGCCGAGAUCCGGAUCAUUCCGGCAAAGACCUGGGUAAAACUUCGCUACGAGCCAGUGCACGGUCUCGAUGCCAUCUGCCAGAAGUUUGCCAGUGAGUCUGCCAACAAGGGGAACCACUUUGUGGAGGGGCUUCAGUACUCCCUGGACGAGGCCGUGAUCAUGACUGGUACCAUGACCACUGAGGCAGAGCCAGACAAGACCAAUCGCAUUGGGCUGUACUAUAAGCCAUGGUUCUUCAAGCACGUGGAGGAGCUCCUGAAGGCAGACCGCACCGCUGUCGAGUACAUCCCUCUAAGGCACUACUACCAUAGGCACACACGCAGCAUCUUCUGGGAACUGCAGGAUAUCAUUCCGUUCGGGAAUAACCCCUUCUUCCGCUUGGUGUUUGGCUGGAUGGUGCCCCCUAAGAUCUCCCUGCUGAAGCUGACGCAGGGCGAGACCAUCCGCCGCCUGUACGAGCAGCAUCACGUGGUCCAGGACAUGCUGGUGCCCAUGAAGCAGAUGCAGGCGUCCAUCACCCGCUUCCACGAGGACAUCCAUGUGUACCCCUUGUGGCUGUGUCCCUUCCUGCUGCCCAACCAUCCUGGCAUGGUGCACCCCAAGGCCAACGAGGAUGAGCUGUACGUGGACAUCGGUGCCUACGGCGAGCCCAGAAGUAAGCACUUCCAGGCCCGCGCCUCCUGUCGGCAGCUGGAGAAGUUUGUGAGGGAGGUUCACGGCUUCCAGAUGCUUUAUGCUGACGUCUACAUGGAACGCCAGGAAUUCUGGGAAAUGUUUGACGGAAGCCUGUACCACAAACUCCGGGAUGAGUUGGACUGCAAGGGUGCCUUCCCUGAGGUGUAUGACAAAAUCUGCAAGUCUGCACGACACUAAUGUCCACCAUGACAGAAACUGUAAGGUCACACGACGUGACUCCUCACACAUGAGCCUUGGGCCCUUAACCCUAACCCUAACCCUUGUUUCAGACCUCAGUGAUAUCACAAAGCACAUAAUAUCAUUAAAUCUUUGAUCCUACGUACCAUAUUUUUACAGAUAUAUUUUUCAAUCACCCAGUACUUAAAAACUGCAAAAGAGCCAUUUCGAUACGAAUGCACAGAUUAACUUGGACAAAAUAAAUAAAAUGAAAGAUUAUGACUAGAUCAGUGUAAUAUGUAACCCUGUUUUUAACUUUCUUGAUUUACACUCAACUAACAGCCUUAAUACUGGUUUCAUCUGAAGAAUGAGUUAGAAUAUCUAAAGGACCUGCGUUGCCCGCGUUCAUUCCCUGUCUCUGACCCCCGUUACACACACAAUCUCCCCUCUGACCCCCGUUACACACACUAUCUUCAAAGAAUUCCCUUCAAAAUAGUUUGAAGAAGAGAAAGUUCCAGCACUCACACACUUGGUAAUGUAUCCCACAGAGUCUCGCACUCCCACUUUUUUAGGAAACAUUUUUGUGCAUUUACACAUUGGACACCUUUCUUGUGUGUUCCAUUUUUCAUGAAUAACGGGGUUAAAAAUAAAUAAAUAUGUGUUAUGAAAGGCUUUGUGAACAAGCAUAUCUGGUUAAACCAGCACUACGCAGUGUGGCAUUAACAUUAAGUGCUAAAGGUGUGUUUGACCGGUGUUUGCCAUUCCUUUGACUGUAUUUAAUGUUCUUGCAGAACAAUACUGUUGUUUUACUAGUCCCGCAGGUCUCUUUCUAUCGGUUCCGUAUUAACUGUAGGACUAUCACAAGUGCCAUGGUACUUUUUUUUGUUUUGUUUAUGGACCAGAAAUUGUAAAAGCAAACAACUAAUUUUCCUUUUCCUGUUUAUCUUUCUUGUUGUGUUCCACCCUUUGAUGUAUUUGUGUGGUUGAUUGUGUUGUCAACACAAGACUUUCAAAAAUUCAGAUACAUUCCAGUUAAUAUUGGUAUGGGCUUAUUUUUUUAAUCAAACUUAUAUUUUUGUUUGUGGUCCUGACAUAAACACCUCUCUAUUUUAAGGCCCUUUAAAGGCCUACAAUUAAUUAAGAGUGCCUGGUAUGUCUCAAUGUUUGUAUGAUACAGACAUUGUUUUUGUUAAUUAUGUCAAACAACCUUGAAUGUUAAGAAAGGCACUUAGCAAAUAAAUCAGAUUAUUUUGCGAACAUGGAACCACUCAAGUGGCAGAUCUUCAUGUUGACAAUAGAAAUAACUAUUUUCAUCCUUUCCAAGUUUGACUGAAGAUGUUGAUGUUUCAUAUUUUCGUAAAAGCUGCUGUAUUUGUCAUGCAUGAAUACCCAAUAAAAUCCUAAAAAGCA